AUGGUUCAUCAACUAUCCUUGGUUUCUUCAAUUCCACAUAAUAAGUAUUUGCAAACAAUUUCUACACUACAAGCUUUGACCGGGUUAAUUCUGCCUGAAUCAAUCUCAACAUACACAUUACUUGCAAAGCCGUCGUAUGCAUUCAAACCCAAGUUUGAACCUGGGAAAGUGAAUCAAAUCGAACAAUAUUAUAUGAGAUGUGUAACCACAUGGAACUCGGAUAAACGGGGAGAUAAUGGGAAAAUUGAAAAGGAAUUUGAUAUUCUGGAACCGUUUAUAAAUAAAGAAUCAAACAUUAUAGUGAGAAAAUUGUUUUGCGAAGAAGACAACGUUGAAAGGGUUUGGACAUUGCAAAUAAGUGAUAUUCCUGUAGCUGGUAAGAACCAGGGAUGCUGUCAACAGCAAAUAUAUGAAAGCACAUUAGUGCACACCCAUACUGCGGUUGAAAUUAAACUUGAGAAAGAUGAUCCAAUGGAUAUAGACACAAACAAUGAUAAGAAAGAUGGAAACAAAACAGAUGAAUCAAAACAAGAGGGCGAUGACAAACUUUUGGAGGUGACCGGUGAAGGGAUAAUGAAAAAUGCAGAAGAAGAAAAGACUAAGCAUGAUGAAAAUGAUUCUGAUAUUAUGGAGAUUGAUGCACCAAACACUGAAACACAGACCCUUGUGCAGCCAUUAUCAAGCAGAGUGUCACAAAGGACAGCUAGAAAAGAUUCAUUCUUAAUGUUUCUUUCUGAUUUGGGAUAUGAGGUGGUAAACCAAUAUUGGCAGAAAGGGGUUCGAUUUUUCUAUGGUGACAUAAUUAUAGAGAUUUACAAAAUAUUUAUCAGAGACGAGAGUAACCAAGCCGAUUCAAAUGAGGGAAUAAAAUUGAAGUUAUUAGAUGAUUCAAACCAGUUUCAAAUUAAAGCAUACAUUAAUAUUAACAAAUCUACCGAGAUUGACUCAAUUAACUUGGGUGUCAAAGAACUAAUCAAAUUGCAAGAAUUUCUCAAAAAUUUGUUUGUAUUAGAGAUACCAGAUCGAAUGUUCAUGGACAGCAGGAUCAAGCAAUAG